CACGGUUAGCAUUAAUUUCUGUUUUAAUGUUUUUGGAUGUUUGGGCUUACUUUGAAUCCGUAUCAAGUUUAGCAUUUUUGAAAUUAUCUUGGACAGCUAAGUCAUUUUUUAGACAAUCUGUUCAGCUAGUUUCGGAUAACUUCUAAUGUUUCUUUUUUGGCAUUUGACCUAACUAUCCACAGUUUCUGGGCUAGCCUGGAAUAUUAGCUAUUUUUUUCUACCUAUUUAAUAUUGACAGCACGUUAGAUAAACUCUUGGAUGAGCAUUAAGCUAACUUUUCCUUUCACGUUUUAUUUUUAUUUUUCUGGUUUCUGAGCCAGUUUGUUUUUACAUUUCUGACGAUCAUUAGGCUAAGCUAAUAUUUCAGCCCAUUAUGUAACCUUUACGGCUAUUUUAGCAUCUGGCUAGCAUCCAUGAGCUAAAUGUUUUUGACUUGAGCUGCUGUUGUGGUCGGAGCUUGUUGUAAACACAUUCCGCUCAUUGUCAGCUAGCACCGCUUUAGCCUGACACUCAUCACAUGCUGAUGUUUAUUUGGUGUCAUGUUUCUUCUUACAUCAGCCGUGGCCUUUUACACUGAAGCUAACCGUGUUGUUGACAGAGCAGAGUGGGAACGUCCCGAACCGUUCCCUCACAUCGCAGCAGGCUGUGAAUCCUCGGCACAAAGAGCAGCAGUGUGUGACCAGACUGCAGAGGCCGCCGCCGAGUAAACCGUCCAGAGUCACUGACAAACAACUUCUCACACACGCUCCAAGGAUAUAAAUACAAAAAUAAAAAGCCAGCGUGGUCCAGUGAGGGUAACAGAGGGGUGAGAGUGGAGCGGACCGCACUGACGUCAGGACACUGAGCUCACACUCGCUCUGACACAGGUGUCAAAAAUGAGUCAGCUGCGUAUAAAAGCACGAUCCACCUUAGCUCAGAGCUCAUGUUCACUCCCUGGUGGCGGCAGAGUGUAAAUCCACAGCUCCUCUAUUGUCCACUGUCCAGGUCGUUAAUCCAGACUGGGUUUAGGUUUUUUUUUCGAGGUGGAGCCACAGAGUUUCCAACAACUCACAACAACUCUCCCUGUGAUUCCAACUUGUUUUCCAGAACAUGGGGGAGCAAAAUAAAAUAUUAUCCCGACCCAUUUUCUGCCGUGAUGCCGGCUGGGAUCCAUUCCCAAACUGGACGCAGCCGAGUCGCAUCCUCCAAGCGCAGGACUUUGGCUUCCCUCCUUUCCUGGAGCCAAAUGAUCUGGACUGGCUGACGUGGGCCAGGAAGAGGCUGGCGUCCAUGUCGUGGCCCGAGUUCGCUCAAACUCCGCUUCUGUCUCCGCUCAUUGGUCGUCAACCCGCAGCGCUGGGAGAAAAAGAUCCGAGACAUUUGACCAACGGCGUGUCAGAGAUCCUGACGGGACGCGACAGCUGGAAGAUUAGCCUGGACGUCAACCACUUCUCACCAGAGGACAUUACGAUCACCACCAAGGAGGGAUACCUGCUGAUAUCAGGAAAACAUGAGGAAAAGCAGGAUCAGCAGGGAGUGGUUUCAAGAUGCUUCAACCGGCGGUACAAGCUGCCACCUGGUGUUGACCUGCAGCACAUCAGCUCCUCACUGUCCACUGAGGGACUCCUGUCCGUGGAGGCUCCUGUUCAGGGGACGACCACCAUGGACCUGAGCCGAGAGCUGGUCAUACCAGUCCAGACCAGGGAGAGGCAGGAGAGUGCACAGUGAGGGAGGAGAGGGAGAGAGAGUGAGAGAGAGUGAGAGAGAGAGAG